UUCGUGAAGUUUCAGUUCAGUUUUCCAUUUCAACAAAAAAAUUAUGUGUUCUAAAUUUUGUUUGUGUUUUUGAUAUUUCCGUUCAUUUUUCGCAAGUCUAAUUUGCGGUUUUGCCAUUUUCCUAAUUCCUAAUGUCUGAAGAUCAGCCAACUGGUGAAGGUUCACAACAGCUCCUGGAGGAAGUUCAACAACAGCCCUCAAAUUCUGAUGCGAGGGGAGGUUCCGAUGCUGAUGUCCAGCCAUCAUCAACAGGCGAGAGUCUGGGACCAUCCCAGACUGCCAGCAAGCAAAAUAUGGAAGAUUCAAAACCAAAACCGCCGGAAAAGCAAAACCCAGAUAAAGACAAAGAGAAAAAGCCCAGUGACGCUGGAAACUAUUGGGAACUGGGUCGAGGGAUCAUAUUCUUUUGCGUUGGAAGCAUUAUCACCUACAAUCUGACGGGCAUAUUUAUUGUGAUUUAAACACUU